AUGGCAGAUCUGGCAGUAGGGGAGAAGACGACUCCUCGGGAGAUUGGAGUCGAAAGAUCUGAUUCAGAAUGCGGCCCAGCGGGAGAAGGAAGCAUGUCGCCCCAGGCAGAGAAGAAAAUGAUGCGCAAGGUUGAUAUCAACUUGAUGAUUCCCCUAUGGAUCCUCUUCGUCUUUGGCUUUCUCGACCGCAUCAAUCUCGGAAACGUGGCUGUUUUGGGGAUAAUGGAGGAAUUGAAGCUCAGGGGGAACCAGUUCAAUGUUGCCGUCCAGGUUUUUUUCGUGCCAUACGUUCUGAUGGAUAUUCCAAGCAAUAUCCUGCUGAAGAAGUUUGCUCCAUCAACCUGGAUCAGCAUGCUCACUUUCUUGUGGGGCGUAUCCUCCAUGUGUCAAGGCUUUGUGAGAAACAAUGGCGAUCUCAUUGUGUGUCGCUUUUUCAUCGGCGCGUUUGAGGCUGGCUAUGUCCCUGGCUGCGCAUACUUGAUGGCCACAUACUACAAAAGACAUGAAUUCCAGAAGCGACUUUCACUCUUUUGGGUUGCAGGUCUGCUUGCAGGCGCUUUUGGAGGCCUCCUCGCAUACGCCAUUGAUCAUAUGGAUGGCCUCGGAGGCUAUUCUGGCUGGAGAUGGAUAUUUAUACUGGAGGGCCUCUUUUCAAUCGCCCUUGCGGGACCCGCAAAGUUCUUUAUUGCCGACUGGCCAGAGCAGGCCAAAUUCCUGACUAGCAAAGAAAGGAAAAUGAUGGUUACUCGCAGCAGCCAAGAUGUUGGCGGAGGUGCACGUAUGGACAGGCUUGACCUUGCUGCCUGGAAAAGGAUCCUAUCUGACUGGAAGCUUUAUGUUGGUACACUCAUAUAUAUCAACAUUACAGUGUCCGGAUAUGCGACUGCUCUUUUCAUCCCAACUAUUGUGAAAUCCCUCGGGUAUUCUGGCAUCCAAAGCCAAGUCCACAGCAUUCCGGUAUGGCUUGUGACUGCGUUCGUCACACUCGUUGUCUCAUACCUUACAGACCGCUUGAAGCACCGGCUUGGAUUCAUCAUCUUUGGUGUUAUGUUCGGGAGCAUUGGGUAUAUCAUCCUCCUUUGUCAGGGUCCCGUGGGUGGCGGGCUACCUGACGCUGUUCGCUACAUGGCAGUAUUCUUCGUCAGCAUUGGCUGUUAUAUUGUCCAGCCCGUGACAAUCGUCUGGUUUGCGAAUAACCUAGGAGGUCAUUACAAACGAGCUAUUGGCCUGGCGAUCCAGAUUGGAAUCGGUAAUCUGGGCGGCCUGGUUGCAAGCAACGUCUUCGUACCCAAAGACGCACCCCGGUACUUCGUUGGCUAUGGUGUUUGCCUGGCCACCAUGAUCAUGUGCGGAGUUAGUAGUAUUGUCCUUGCUCUUGGGCUUAUGCGUGAGAACAGAUUGAGAGAGCAAGGCAAGCGUGAUGAUCGGCUUCAGCUGGAUGAAAGCAUCCUGGGGAACAUGGGCGAUGACGAUCCGCGCUUCCGAUUCACGAUCUAA